UCCGUUCUCGUGGAAAACUCUCCAUUAUUUCACCAUGUGAAUUCUCCUGUUCAUCUCAGAGUUUUCCAUCCCGAUCAAAAUUUUCUGCAGGUUAUGGAGGAAUCAAACAAGAAAUUGCACUGUGGGCAAAUGCAUCACUGAAGAUAAAUGGAGAUGAAUGACUAGUAAAUGAAAAUCUCUGUAGCAGAGGGAUGGAAAGCAGAAGGGGCAGAACAGCAGCACCGCUGGAAGAAAAGCAUAUGAAGAAGGACCUGAAGUGGAAUCCUGGCAGAGCUUCUCGUCCAGCCUCAGCUGCAGUUCGGGUGACUGACUUGAGUUGGCGAGGUAACCUAAAUCCCAGUCCACUGAUUAAAGAUGAUGAAGAACUACUUAUGGACGAAUACCUUUCCCCCAGGAAACUGAAAGCUUUGACAGGGAUGGAUGAUCUGCAGCAAGUAAAGGCCCUGGAGAUGCGAGUAGAUACAAGAGAGAGCAGCUUGGGGAAUUUUGGUGCCUAUCUACCUAAUCUGAGAGAGCUGAAGUUGAACAACAGCUUGCUCGUAUCCGUGAGGGAUCUUGGAACCACGUUGUCCCAUCUCCACGUGCUGUGGAUGGUUUGCUGUGGGCUCUUGGAUUUAGAUGGAAUCUCUGCCUGCAGCUCUCUAAAAGAACUCUACAUAGCCUACAACAAAAUCUCAGACCUGUGCCCACUGAGCUUUUUGGAUCACCUUGAGGUUUUGGACCUGGAAGGAAACAAUAUUGAGGACAUCAACCAGAUGCAAUACCUGGGGCUUUGCUGCAAACUGCGCAGCCUGACAGCUCAGGGCAACCUUAUUUGUCUAAAGCCAAAUGCAGAAUCUGCAGAGGAACUAGAUUACAAUUACAGAGCUGAAGUGAAAAAACUCAUUCCCCACCUGGAGUAUUUGGAUGGAAUACCAGCAAGCCAGACUGCUGUCCCUCCUUCCAAUAAGAUGAAUGAGGACUGGCUAAUCAUCAAGGAAUCCAUCAAGGAGGGUGGUUUGCCCAGAGACAUUUCAUGGUUAGGUCCAUGUGCAAUGGCAAGGCAGCCUGGAUCCAGCCCAAGACUUCCUACAACUUCCAGACCUGGAACUGCACAGUGGUCUGCUAGUGCAGGAAGUUGUAGCAAUUCCCAUCUGUUGUACAACAGCUCUCCUCUUCUAGAUCCCACUAUUUCUGAAGACCUGUUUCUAGAUGACUCCAGUGAUUUGACACAUGGACUCAGCCAAGUUAUAUGUGGGAACCCCAUCAAGGCCCUUCGUGCAAGGAGGCUAAAGCUAGGUCCACCUGCAGCGAGCUCCUUGAAACUGUGCAGUCUGAAGAUAGAAAACCCUGACAUCUCAGUAGAAGGAGGAGAUGUGAGCCAGGAAGAUGUCUUCUCUGUGCCGAGCGUGUGGAGAGAACAGCAUAAGCCGUGGUGCCUGCACACAGCUCAGCAAGAAAGUGUCAUCCCAGCAGCAAAGCUAGCUACAGAUGAUGAGGAAGAGGAUGAAGGCUGCAGCCUAGCCAGCGGCGGUGAGAGUGAGCUGAGGGACACCUCAGAUGAGGAUCUCACUGAAGGGAUUUCACCUGAUUCUUCUUGCCAUUCCUGUCUCUCACAGUCCUCCUCAGCAAUACCCCGGGAGCUGAGGAAGCACAGGGCGAGGUGCCUGAAGCUAACCAGCCCAGAGGAGGGCAGGCAGCCCCAGCAAUGCCAGGCAAGGGCAACUCGAGAGACUUCAGCUCAGCUGCUGGGCAAGGGCCUUGCUCUGCUAAGCCUUCACAGUGCGCCAGCAGCACAGGAGUCUCUGCCCUUCAGCCCUCAAAGGCAGUGCCAGCCCGAUGGCAGCACUGCCAGGCAGAGACCUAUCUCAGGACCUGCGGCUGUUGGAUCAGCAGGUGUCAGCCCCACCCUGGACAGGAGUCCCUGCAGAGUGACCAGCCAUCCCCAGCCAGUUGUCCUCUCAUCCCCAGGACCCUCAGGGAGGGUUGGGCUGCUGAACGCCGUUUGCCCUCCAGCUGCUGGGGCAGUGCUGCAGAAACUGCCACCCAGACCCUCUGUCUCAUCAGCGUCUCAAAGCAGGAGUCCCCGUUCAUAGCCCAUGCGUAUCAGACCCAUUGACACCGCGUCAUCUCCACGCGCUGAGUGCAGUCCUGACACUUGGAGGAUCAGUGCCAUCUU